AUGAAAUUCCUGAUUUGUGUGAUAGCUGUCGCCUUGGCGGUGGGGUCUACACACGGAGGUACCAAGUUUGACGGGCCGUGUGGAGGCCUGGACUGCAGCGGAGGAUGCAAGUGCAACCCAGAGAAAGGCAGCAGGGGUCGUCCUGGGCCUCUCGGUGAGGUUGGUCAGAGCGGGCCAGAGGGAGUCCGCGGCCCUGUGGGGGGUUCAGGGCCCAAAGGAGAGAAGGGCCACCUUGGAUUUAGAGGACCAUCUGGGCCUAAGGGAGACAAGGGACCUAUGGGAGUGCCUGGGUUCCAAGGAGCUGAUGGAGUACCUGGUCACCCCGGUCAGGACGGUGGCAGAGGACCACCUGGACUGGACGGUUGUAACGGGACCAGAGGAGAAUCGGGACUGCCUGGCUACGGGACAGGAGAACCUGGACCCAGUGGUUUCCCUGGGCCUUUUGGGCCAAAAGGUCAGAAAGGAGAGCCUCGAUUCAUCUCAACAGAUAACGAGAUCCUGAGUUUACCGGGUCCUCCAGGCCUGCACGGUGCACCUGGUCUCAGAGGUCCUGAUGGUCAAGGUGGUUUGCCUGGUCCAAGAGGGCCUGAAGGAUUUGCUGGCCCACCCGGUCCUCCCGGUCCCCCAGGGCUGAUGGGGAGCCGUAGUGACGGAUAUCAAGGAGAGAGAGGAGACAAGGGCGACGUGGGUCUUCCAGGACCCAGUGGUACUCCCGGCGACGGGUCGCUAAGAAGCGAACAAACACUCACUAUCUACAAAGGAGAUCAGGGUGAACCUGGACGAAAGGGAAGCCGUGGCUACCCUGGCAACCCUGGCCGACCUGGGCCUUUCGGCUACCGUGGUGAAUAUGGAGAGAAGGGCAUUCCUGGAUAUCCUGGGGGAAGAGGCGCUCCAGGUUUUAACGGACCUCCUGGUUCAACGGGACAACAGGGAUAUAGAGGUGAUCCAGGUUACCCCGGGCAACAAGGAUACAAUGGACCCAAGGGAGACCAGGGAGACACCGGACCACCAGGACCUCCUGCUUACAUUAAUAAUUUUGGUUCAUCUGUUCAAGGUGAGCCAGGUAGCCCAGGUCUAAAUGGACUGCCUGGUGCUCCCGGUGACCAAGGAUCUCCAGGGUUCCCAGGGCCACCAGGCCGACCAGGAGUUGGUUAUGGCUCAAGAGGUUUUCCAGGGGCCCCAGGCCCAAAAGGAGAGAAAGGUAAUUCAGGUGCACCUGCCUACGGCGUUGAAGGAAUCCCAGGCACCCCUGGACUUCCCGGAGCCCCCGGCCCUCGUGGACCUGCAGGCCCAGGAGGUGCAGGCUUGUCCAUUCCCCCCUGCGUCAUCUAUCCUGAUGGUGGUUCCCAGGGCACCAGUUACCCCGGACAGCCUGGUGCACCUGGUCCCAGAGGACCGCAGGGUGGCUCAGGAUUCAAAGGCUUCAGAGGGGAUCCGGGCGACUGUGCCUGUCGUGGAGGCGGCUUUUCAGGAGGACCAGGAUCACCUGGUCCCCCUGGGGCGGACGGCACCCCUGGCUUCCCUGGACGAAAAGGUGAACUCGGUGACUCUGGUUCCCCUGGCUUUGGCGGUGUUCAGGGACCUCCUGGUCGUCCUGGUCCUAGUGGCACCUUUGGUCGUAAAGGAGAAAAGGGUGCGUCUUACUAUCCUAACUAUGGUGCGGGAGUGAAGGGAGAGUCUGGAUCUCCUGGACCCAGAGGACCUACAGGUGAAACUGGAAAAUCUGGCAGAGAUGGACUGCCUGGCUUCCCCGGAGCCCCUGGACUCCCAGGUGACGCUGGCUACGGCACAGUCGGGGAGAAAGGUUUCCCAGGAUUCCCCGGGCAAAAAGGUCGUCCUGGCGGCCCUGGAGAACCCGGCCAAGGCUUUGUCGGAACGCCCGGCUUCCGCGGAGAGCCGGGAGAUUCUGGACUAGCAGGGUUGCCAGGGCAACCAGGUUUACCCGGACCAAGAGGUGAAAACAGCUGUGGAGGGGUUAAUGGCACCGGAGAGGGAACGGGCACAGUGUUACCUUGCACCAUACCUGGUGAGGAAGGAGCACCUGGUUACCCCGGUGGAUCUGGACCACCAGGUCCUAAAGGUCAGGCAGGUUUCCCAGGAGGUUCUGGACGUCCAGGGUUUGAUGGUGCCAAGGGAGAAAGAGGAGACCCUGGCUUUGGAGGCCAGCCUGGACCACAAGGUUUCCCUGGACCAAGAGGAGAUGCUGGAAGUCCAGGUAUUCCAGGACAGAGUUUUGAUGGAGGAAGGGGAAAGGAUGGUGCGGCAGGACGUCCUGGAGCCAAAGGCCUGCCUGGAGAUGUAAUUGGAGCCACACCUGGAAGUCCAGGACGGGACGGUUUUCCGGGAGCCCCCGGAGACAAGGGUCUGCCUGGGACACCAGGAGGCCCUGGAUCACCUGGUUUUGACGGGCGUUCCGGUGUUCCUGGACUGAAAGGAGAACGUGGACUGGACGGUUAUCCUGGUAGUCCCGGCCUUCCUGGACCUCCAGGUGAGCUGACCAAUGGAUUUCCCGGUCGACCUGGAGCUCCUGGCGCCAAGGGACUCAGCGGAUCACCAGGCUGCCAAGGUUUUCCUGGUAGAAAGGGAGAAAGAGGAAACCCAGGUUUCCCAGCGCGUGGUGGUUUGAAGGGAGCCCAAGGACUACCUGGCAUCCCUGGGUCACCAGGGCCAGUGGGACCAACUGGACCUCCAGGCCCACCAACCAGAGAAGGAAUCCCAGGAAUCCCAGGAAGGAAGGGUGAGAGAGGUUUCGCUGGACUGAUGGGUUUCCCUGGACUACCGGGUCGUCCUGGUACUCCAGGGUUUCCUGGAGGGAAGGGAGCUUCUGGAGGGCCCGGAAGAGAUGGAUUUCCUGGCAGUCCUGGAUUCACCGGACCGAAAGGUGACCGCGGAUACCCUGGCCUCCCAGGCGUGCCCGCUCCAAUUCUUCCUGUAGAGUUUUUGGAGAAAGGAGACCUCGGCAUCCCGGGAGGCAGCGGCCUUCCUGGCUUCCCUGGACCCAGAGGUGACAAAGGUUUCCCGGGCCUGCCUGGUCGUCAGGGUCUGCCUGGACUUCCUGGUUUCUCUGAGCAGAGUAAAGGACAGCCGGGAGUGCCUGGAUACAAUGGACAACCAGGAAGCCCGGGCUUCCCCGGACCGAAGGGAGAACCUGGAAUCAUGGGAUUCCCUGGCAUGUCUGGACCGAGGGGUGAUGAUGGCUCACCUGGUUUCCCUGGCAACCCUGGAGAAGCUGGUCGUCCUGGUGGCAAAGGUAUUCCUGGAGACUCUUACUCAUAUCCUGGAGGUCCAGGACCUAAAGGUCUGACAGGAGAUCCAGGCUUCUCAGGUGGUCCCGGCAGAGAUGGCGCCCCUGGCGACAACGGCUUUCCAGGAAGUCCAGGUUUCCCUGGAUCAAAGGGAGGUCCUGGUGAAGCAGGACGGCCUGGAAUAAUGGGCUCCCCUGGUUUCCCCGGGCCAAAGGGUCUGCCUGGCUAUCCUGGAAGAAAAGGACAAGAUGGGUCUCCUGGCCUGCCUGGAGGUCCUGGGGGACCUGGAUCCAAAGGUUUGUCGGGAGCCCCUGGUUUGGAUGGACUUAAUGGCCUUGGGGGACCUAAAGGACUCCCUGGGACCCCAGGUGCAACUGGAGGAGGUCUCCCAGGUGCCAAUGGUUUUCCAGGGGCGAAGGGAGAAAGAGGAGUUUCCUAUGCUGGAGGUCCUGGAUAUCCUGGAGCGAAGGGAGAGAGAGGAAACCAAGGUGGUCCUGGACUCCCAGGGUUCCCUGGUCGGCCCGGACCUCCUGGUGAGACUGUGGGCUCAGACAUUCCUGGACCUAUAGGAGACCCAGGCUACCCCGGACUGGAUGGAGAAAGUGGUUUCCAGGGUCCUCCAGGUCCUCCAGGACCACCUGGUCCAGGCACAGCCCAGGGAGACAGAGGUGACUCUGGGCUCCCGGGAUUCCCUGGAUCCCCUGGCAGGAAAGGAGAAUCAGGAAUCCCCGGAGGCUCCGGACUGCCUGGCAGCCCUGGUUUCAAAGGAGAACAAGGUGAUAGUGGUUACAGCGGAGGUCCUGGUCUCAAAGGUUUCCCUGGUGACUCUGGCUACUAUGGACUCAAAGGACCCAAGGGAUUAAGAGGUCGUCAAGGUGGUAAAGGCCCCCCCGGCAUCCUACUGACCAGGCCACUUCCACCCUUUGAGCAAAAAUACGGAGACAUGGGAACUCCUGGUGAUAGCGGAGGCCCUGGUUUCCCCGGAGAGCCCGGCCAGUCUGGAUUGCCCGGGCGUCCAGGUCCUAAGGGUCGUCCUGGCCCUGCGGGUAAGCUGGGUAGGACUGGCUCUGUUGGUCUGCCCGGACCAGUCGGUGACGCCGGAGCCCCUGGUUUCCCUGGACCCAGCGGAGAACAAGGUCGCCCCGGUUCAAUCGGUCGUGUCGGUCCUGCCGGCGGUGUCGGCCGCAGCUUCAGCAUCGGCUACACUCUGGUGAAGCACAGCCAGAACUCCCAGGUUCCCAUGUGUCCUCAGGGCAUGGCUCAGCUGUGGGAGGGCUACAGCCUGCUGUACGUGGAAGGACAGGAGAAGGCACACAACCAGGACCUUGGUCAGCCCGGGUCUUGCCUCCCCAGAUUCAGCACCAUCCCCUUCCUCUACUGCUCCCCCAACGAGGUCUGCUACUACGCCAGCCGCAACGACAAAUCCUAUUGGCUCUCCACAACCGCUCCCAUUCCCAUGAUGCCUGUGUCCGAGGAGCAGAUACAGCCUUACAUCAGCAGGUGUUCAGUGUGUGAGGCUCCAUCUCAGGCUGUAGCAGUCCACAGUCAGGACAUGACCAUCCCCACAUGCCCGGCCGGCUGGAGAAGUCUCUGGAUAGGAUACUCCUUCCUCAUGCACACAGCGGCUGGCGCUGAAGGUGGCGGUCAGUCCCUGGUGUCUCCCGGCUCCUGCCUGGAAGAUUUCCGCGCAACACCGUUCAUCGAGUGCAACGGCGCUAAAGGAACCUGCCACUACUUUGCCAAUAAGUACAGCUUCUGGCUAACCACCGUGGAGCCCGGCCAGGAGUUCCGCUAUUCUCCGGGGCAGGAGACCCUGAAGGAAGGCCAGGAGCGCUUCAGAGUCAGCCGCUGCCAAGUCUGCAGCAAGUUCUUGUAG